AUGGCAGACCGUGGACGCGGCGGUGGUUUCGGAUCCCGAGGCGGUGACCGUGGCCGUGGUCGUGGCCGUGGCCGUGGACGCCGCGGCGGCAAGAGCGAGGAGAAGGAGUGGCAGCCCGUCACCAAGCUCGGCAGACUGGUCAAGGCCGGCAAGAUCAACAGCAUGGAGGAGAUUUACCUGCACUCUUUGCCCAUCAAGGAGUUCCAGAUCGUCGACAACUUCCUGCCCAAGCUCAAGGACGAGGUCAUGAAGAUCAAGCCCGUCCAGAAGCAGACGCGCGCCGGUCAGCGAACCCGGUUCAAGGCCGUCGUCAUCAUCGGCGACUCGGAGGGCCACGUCGGUCUCGGCAUCAAGACCUCCAAGGAGGUGGCUACUGCCAUCCGCGCCGCCAUCAUCAUCGCCAAGCUCAGCGUCAUCCCCGUCCGACGAGGCUACUGGGGCACGAACCUCGGUGCUCCUCACUCCCUGCCCUCCAAGCAGAGCGGCAAGUGUGGUUCCGUCACCGUCCGACUUAUCCCCGCCCCCCGUGGUACCGGCCUCGUCGCCUCCCCCGCCGUCAAGCGAUUCCUCCAGCUCGCCGGUGUCGAGGACGCCUACACGUCGUCUGCCGGCUCCACCAAGACCCUCGAGAACACCCUCAAGGCCGUCUUCGUCGCCGUCUCCAACACCUACGGCUUCCUCACGCCCAACCUGUGGAAGGAGACCAAGCUCAUCCGGAGUCCCCUGGAGGAGUUUGCCGACUCCCUGCGGGACGGCAAGCGAUACUAG